AUGAAACAUCUCACCACGAAAAACGUUCGCCUUUACUUCUUUACUGCCUUUUUUAUCUGUUUGGCCUUCCGUUGCCUCCUGGGUAUGGCCAAAACCACGCGAAGUUUCAGUCGCGGACAGAGAGCGUUUAAAGAUAACACCACGGGUUUGCCAGACGUCCUCAAGAGAUUGAAAUCCUUGGAAGAAAAGUAAGACUUGGAGAUUGCUUAAGAACCGAGUUUGAAUCAUUGCACCUGAAAACGCGAGCGGCAAAAUUCAAUUCCGUUCCUGUUUUCCAACCCGCGCAUUCCACAGAAAAAACAAACAAGCAAACAAAAAACCAAAAAGAAACCUCUCAUUCGCAACAAAUACAGAAUUAAAUUAUUACCAAAACGGUUGGAAGGCAGACGGCAAAAUUUGAAUUCCAAUGCGCACUUUCUACGGCUAUAACGAACCGUAAACCACCGCUGUCAGUAUCAUGGUAGGACGAAAUGAACGAAAAGAUGUUCUUCAAAUUUGGGAAGUUAUGAUCGAUUCGAUGAUGGGAAUUAUUGCGUGACCGUUUAGAUAAGGACAUACAGUAUCUCCUUUAUAGAAACGUUUUUAAAUCAAUUGAUGGCAUGACAAAACAAGGCGUAGGAAAGGAUUUCCUUGAAGCCUUUUUCAGUCUCGAUAGCCUCAAAUUGCAAAAAAUUAAUUUAACUUAAGCGUUCAUUCAAAGAUGCCUAUAAAAAUUUCACUUGACACACUAUUAGCCUUUAUAUAUCUCCUGCAUUAUUUGCCUUUAUUUUAAACCAGCGUUUACACUAAGAUACCCGUGAAAAAUAAACUAGAUAGAAUGUUAUGAUUUUCUUUCAUUCUGUAUUAAUUCAGGUCAUCGCAUAAUCAUUCUUAUAGUGUUUUAAAUAAUUGCUUGAAGGAUGAAAGAAUUUUACUUCAAGAAUUCAGUUUGUGUUCGAUGUCAAACACCAAUCUUAAAAUUGAAAUAUCUUAAGGAGGUUCCAUAGAGUUUUUGCUAAGUGUUGGCACACGCGCCAGCGUCAUGUUUUUCUAAAAAAAAAAUUAUGUUUUCACUUUUCAAGGUCACUAACAACUAUCAAAAGGCAAUGAGCAAGGUUCGGACUAUCGUUUGCUGUAGUAAAUAUUAUAAAAUUAAGCUAAGGCUCCACGAAGGGAGACGCUCGCCAGCGAUAAUUUGGGUUUGCUUUUGAUUUUCUUCAAUUUGCUUUAAUGAAAUAUCUCAAAUUUUUCACAAUUAGUGAAAAUUUUCCUGCCGAUCAUUUAAAAACAGAAAAAAAGGGGUUACAGAGGCAGUUUCCUCGCUAUUUGCAAUUUUGAUAACUGACUCUUACUGUCAACUGAAUGAUUGUUCGUGAACCGAUGAUUUCAGCUGAUGAUAAUUUUUCGAGGUUAUGUAAGAGGCUUUACUUAAUGAUGCCAUCAGAACCUGAUGAUAUUUAUUAUCAGAUUUUCUGCUCUGCAAAUUUCGUCCAAAUUAGUCUACUUUUUACUGUGACUGUUUUUAAUUUUUUAUUUUUUUUUUGCACAGGAUAGAUGCGUUACUGAAACCAAGACUUCAAGACUCGUGGUUUUUGGCCUACGUUUAGGUUUGAAUAAUAACGGAUCCUUUGGCUUUGUGUAAAGUAUUCGAAUUAAUAGCGUGCAAGAUAAGCUGUUCGCGAAGUAUCGCAGAAAGUUAGGGCUUCGUUCAGGGAAAAAGAGGCAUUCUGGAAAUUAAAUUUAUUAUUUUUCCAGCAAUGCUGAUGUUAAUCUUCAAAGGUUAUCUGCGAAAUACUAUUUAAGGUAGAAACUGCAGGUUUGUGAUGGCGCUACUUACUGAAUUUAUUAAAGAUUGACAAUUAUGAAAGGCCAACCAGAGAUCGUCAGUUUGAGGCAAGAGGAUACAAACAAAAAUAAACUCAAAGUAUAAACACCUACAAAGAAAUAAACAGAGAUGGUAAGCCCAUAAUUACAAAAGAAAAACUUGUUCAAAAAGGUGGGAAAGGAUCAAAAUAUACCAUUGUACAAUCAGUCGGUUAAUGACAGACAGAAAGACAGAAGUAUUGAGGCUUAAGUGAGUCAAACAGAUAGGAGACCAAAUGAAGUAAUAGAAUGAAAAAUUUAGUAAACAGAGAUGCAGAGAGACUCUUGAAAUGACAAAGGGUGAGCAGUGUUGAAAUCAUUUACGGAAAAUAGUUUCUAUUUAAAACCGGCAAGCCGUACUGAGUUUCAGUGUGUUAUUUUAAUGUUUAGUACGAUAUAUGUCGCUAUAUCGUAGGGGUUCAUGGGAGAAGUAACAUGAAAGGCUUAAUGGGACCACCUGGGCCACCUGGACUUCCUGGAAAACCUGGACGAAUCGGAGCAAAAGGUGAGCUUUUGAGGAAAACCAAAGACUAAAACUAAAGAAGAGAAGCAUAUCAGUAGCUGAGCAAUUUGUUUUAAUCAUGAUAAUGAUCAUAAUAAUAAUGAUUAUGAUAAUGGUGGAGGUAACAUGACAAUUUUACCUCUGAAUAAGAUGAGUUGAUUAAAGUGAGAACUGAAAAAAAAUAUUGAACAGGAAAAAAUCUCCAUUUGUUUACAAUGUCAAUCAUUUUAUGCUGCAAAUGAUUGUAACGAAGAAUAUUCCUAACGUACAAUAUGAAAGUGGUAUGAGGCUCUGUCGCAACAAGCCCAACAGUUCAUAAAAACUGCACAAAAAUCCACCACAAUGACAAAAUAUGUUCAACAGAUUCAAGCGAUCAUCUUCGAAGGUGCUCAUUUAAAAUGUUCCAUUUAGUUUAUUACAAAGCAAACAAAUAUCUCCAACCAAAAAGCCGACGUUUCAAUUAAAUUUUUGACAGGAGAAGAGGGAAAACCAGGAACCAUAAAAUCUGUUCCAGGCUCUCCAGGUCCUAAGGGGGAACAUGGAGCACGUGGAAGUCCUGGAACCCAAGGGGCUAAAGGCGAGAAAGGGAAACCUGGGAGGUCCGGGGUGAAGUAUGUUCGCUGGGGAAGAACCACGUGUCCCAGUGGUGCUCAGAUUGUCUACAAAGGUAAGGGUCAUUAAAUAACUAGAAUUGCACGUCAGUUUCAAGAGAUUGAGAAGUACACUACUCAAUUUUAUGACGUAGUAGUGUCAUAAUCAUGCGUCACAUUCGAAAUUCCCGAUCGAAGGGUUUUUUUCCCCUAUAUAAACGGAUUUAAGGUACCAGAAUGCCUUACUAAAUCGCUAUUUCACUGAGUGCAACACCAGUGAGUGUUGAUGAAAGAUGAAUCUUUUUUUUACAGAACUUUAGUGCUCCCAAAUAGUCGAGUAACAUACCAGAGUUCCCUUUUUAUUGAACCUUGCAUUUAUAAGUCGAGAAACAAGGGUCAUCAACAAUUUUCAUUUUAGGAUUGAUAGGUGGCGAACGUUACAAUCAUCAAGGCGGCGGAGUAAACUAUCUCUGUCUUCCAAGCAGCCCAAAGUAUGACAAGUACAAAGAUGGACAUCAGAGCGCGGGAUUCGUGUAUGGAACUGAGUAUGAAGUAAAUUCUUUCAACCCUUUUACGAAAUCCCUCGAUGACCACGAUGCACCGUGCGUUGUAUGUUUUGUCAGGUCACGUGCCUCAAUGCUUAUGAUGCCUGCAAGGAAUGAUUGUCCAUCUGGGUGGACCGAGGAGUACCAUGGGUACUUGAUGACUGAAUACUACGACCACAAGAAGCAGCGCGACUACGUAUGUGUUGACAAGGACGCAGAGGCUCGCCCAGGUACGGCGGCAAGCAAAGAUGGUGCAUUACUGUACCCCGUGGAAGGUGUUUGUGGUUCACUCCCGUGUCAUCCAUAUGUCGCCGACAGAGAGUUGACCUGCGCUGUAUGCACCAAGUAA